AUGAGCCUCGCCACUGAUGACUGGCAUCCCUGCGGUGACUACAGGGGCAUUAGCAGUUUCGCCACUCCGGACUACUACCCCGUUUUGCGUCUUCAGGCCUUUGCCGGUGACUUAUUCGUGCGCAGGACCUUGGAAUACCCCUACGACGGCCCAUACUACGUUGUCUCUCGAGAUAAGAAUAUGUUCCGCGUCCAUGGCGAAACCUGCAAGGAGGUGGAAAGCAUUGACCGAGAGGGUUAUCUUUCUGAACCAGACACACCACCGGCCCCAAUGCCCUACGGUGAUAUCCUAAAAAGCCUGGAUUAA